AUGCCUUAUAACAUCCAGUACUCGCCAUUCUUGGCCGGUGCCUUUCUGCUUGGUUUGGCACUGGUCAGUAUCGUGAACACAAGUAUCUACGCACAGCUCUAUGACAUUUUCUUCGACUUUGUCGAGCGAGUCGAAAAACACCUAGAACGAAUCCAUAUUGAGCAUUUUCGCGGUCAUGGAUAUCGCAUUUUUCAGGAAAUGGAACCAGUAUUUCGAAUGCUUGUAUGUUCAUUUCCACAUAUUGAAAAAGCCGUUAAAGAUGAUAUGCUGGACUCUAUUCACGGCAGUUUCCGUUUGCGAAAGAAGCCCAAGAAGACUGUCCGGGUAUGUGCUGCAACUGAUAAGGGUGACUGCUGUAUAUUUCAGAUGGAUGUUCCGGAUACAACCACUACUAUUCAUAUGCGUAAGAGGACUAUCUCUGAUGUAGCGGCACAUGGCGAGGAGCCACAUGAAAAGCCUGUGAUGUCACGGCGAAGAGCACCAACGCUUGGUGCCUUAGGUGGUCUAGAUUUGGCCAGAUUCAGGUGA